AUGAAAAUUAUCCUCCAUGACACCAAAUUAUCCAAAUUACUACAUCAUCUUAUCAAAUCUAACGAAAAUAAUUUUAAUGUAAAUAAUUCUAAUGAAGAUAAUUCUAAUGAAGAUAAUUUUAAUGUAAAUAAUUUCAAUUGGGGCUGUGUAACCAGUAGGCCUGGGCCGGGGGACAGAUGCGGGAAAUGUAUAUUAUGUGUAUUGGAGGAGAAUAUAAGAUCAAUUUCAAGGCUGAUUUGUAACAUUUUACAGUACGUUAAGGAUUUAUUAAUUUAUCUCAAACUCGAUCAACACAAUUUCUUACAGUCUACCAUCACUCUCAACUAUAUCAAAGCUCUAUACUCCUCAAUCCUCACUCACUAUCUCGCCAUCUUCAACAGAAUGGACAUAAUGAACAAUGAGCAGUUGGAUGUGAUAAUAAUUCCAAUUUACAAAAUCCCAAACCAACCUGUGACAAUAAUACAAUUGAAUGAUUUAACCGAGGAUCCAGACGCUAACACCUUUUUGUACUUUAAUAAUCCCUUUCUCUAUCAUCCCUUCUACUCUCAACAUUCAAACACAUCACACUACUCUCGCACAUCUGACACUACUUACACAUCCGAUGACACAGAUGACACAACUAAAUUGAGUGAUUUGAGUGAAAUAUGUCAUGGAGUUGGUAAUAAUAGUAGUUUAUGGAUUAGGAAGUAUGAUAACAUUAUGUUCUGCGGUACAUUUGAUUAUUUGCAUUUCGGUCACAAGUUGUUGUUACUGGCUGCGUAUUUGUCUUGUGGUAAAAAAUUAUCAAUCGGAGUCUCCACCGGCGCACUACUCAAAAAUAAACCAAACCACAACAAAAUCCAACACAUCUCCAAACGCAUCCAAUACCUUCACCACUAUCUACACACUCUCACACAUAUUCACAGUGUUAAUGUUAAUACAGUUGACAUGGUAAAUAUUACGUCCGGAGAAAUAAUAAAUUAUGAUGUGGAAUUUAACGUCUUGUGUGAUCAAAUUGAAGAUAAUAUUGGUGGAAAUUGUUUAGACCCAAAUGUAGAAAAAAUAAUUACAAAUAAUACAAAUUUGGAAAUAAAGUCAAAAGUUGAUCGGGCUAGCGGAAAUAAAAAUUCCCACCUCAACCAUUUCUGCUGCUCUCAAAAUACUAUCAACACUAUUACUAUUAAUACUACUGAUAAUAAUACUUCUAAUAGUAAUAGUAAUAAUAAUAGUAGUAAUGGGAUUGAGAUGAUGACAUUUGAGUUGGAGGACGUGAUUGGACCAUCGAGUGAGAUAAGAGAGGGUUACGGUUUACUGGUGACGUCUGAGAUACUGAGCAAUGGCGUAAGGGUAAAUAAGCAACGGAAAGAGUUGGGACUAGUCCAGUGGGACCUCAUCAACAUCGGACUCGUAUGCUACCAACACAACCACAAACACAUCAAACUCUCCUCCACAACCAUACGCAACUUAAUCCCCUAA